UUCUUUCUUUACUCAUCCACCAGAUCCCUCUUUUCUCCGUCCCCAAACUCCGGAACGUCAUAACCACCACCACACCUAAAUAACUUCGCCAUCCAUAAAUAACAAAACCUCAACACAACCUUUGCAUUCUACAACCAUUUAUCAUCCAUCACAAUCGAUCUUGAUCAAAUUAUAUCACAAUAAUGGCCUUUACCAUGCGCCAACCAUUCAAAUUAACCAGUUCGCUGGCUAUCGCUUCCAAAACCGCCUUUAGAUCCGCCCCCGCGCGAGCUUUUCAUUCCAGCAAACCUACAACCAGUUUUUUCACAUCACGCACCACAUCGCCAGUCAGCACACUGGUAAAAGCUAGAAAUGCAAUCAAGGGCUCGAGAACUUACUUGCAGCCACCGGCGACUGUUGCGAAUCCAAAUGGAACGCUGAUGCAGAAAUUGUUGGUCGGUGGUGCGAUGUUUGGAGGAACUUUGUUUGCGAUCAAUAUGGUCUUCAACCGCGAAACUCGUGAAGAUGGCGGCAUGCCCGAAUACGAACGCAGCUACUUAAACGAUACCUUUAUGCACACUGGAAUGGGAAUUGGAAUCAUCGGAUUAUCUGCGCGCGCCAUGUUCCAAAGUGGCUUUACUUACAGAUUGAUGGCGACCAAUCCUUGGGUUGUCAUGAUCGGUGGUAUUGCACUCAGUAUUGGUACUAUGAUGGGCACUAGAGCUACAGAUCCCAGCAACUAUGUUCAAAAAUACGCACUCUGGACCGGUUUCAACGUAACCCAAGCUGCAUUCAUCGCACCCCUCCUCUUCAUGGCUCCUCCUGCCAUCAUUGCCCGCGCUGGUCUUUACACUGUCGCCAUGAUGGGUAGUAUUUCCUUCGUCGGCGCAACCGCCAAACAAGAAAAAUAUCUCUACCUCGGUGGACCUCUCUUGGCUGGUGUCGCUCUCGUCGCUGUUUCCGGAUUGGCUCCAUUGGUUCUCCCAGCUACCGCAGUCAGAACAUUGGCUUUUACCGAAAAUAUCUGGUUGUGGGGAGGUUUGGCUGUCUUUGGUGGCUUCACACUCUAUGAUGUACAGAAGAUUUUGGCACAUGCUAGAAUGGCCGAGAGAGGAAUGAUGAGGAGAGAUGCGGUUAAUGAGAGUAUUUCAUUGGAAUUAGAUUUCCUGAAUAUCUUCAUUAGAAUGGUCCAGAUUCUGAUGAUGCAGCAAAACAGGAGGAAGUAGAGGAGAAAGAGUUGUACAAUAUGAGAGGUUGGGGCAAGGGGGGUUGGAAUGAAGAAAUAACACCGUGGGACUACAUGGUAAAGCAAACGGGUGUUGUCACACAAAACAGCUUUCUUCUUCGAGAUUGGAUGAUAGUUACGAAAGUCUGCGGACCUUUCUGCCAUACACGCUUCUCCUCUCCUUUGAACAUGCGCACUUGAUGCGUGUGCCAUUAACAUAUAUUAAUAAAACAAAACAAAUGUUAAAAUAGUAAAAUAGUAAAAUACCCAUAUCCAGUUAAUCAUUUA